AUGGAGGACCAAGGACCCCUCACCGGGCACUGCUACCACUUGCACGGCCUCAGCUCGGGCAAGAAGAAGGAACUGACCGCCCUCAUCGAGGAUAAUGGGGGCGCCGUGACCUACAUCUUUGGCAAGACGGUGACGCACCUGCUGACGACGAAGGAGGAGCUCGCGGCCAACACCUACAAGAUCAAGCAGGCCCGCCAUGUGGGCCUGCAGGUCGUCGAGGAGGACUUUUUGCACUCCCUCCUCGCCCAGGCCGCCACCUCCCGCCCAGCCAGGGUCGUGCUCGCCCACAUCUCUUCCUCCUCUGCCCACGCGCCGAUCAUCUCGACGCUGCUGCCGGCGGAGGGCCCCACGACGGGCGACUUCAAGGUGGCCGUGUUCGGCCUCAACUUUGUGCCGUCGGCCAACUUCCGCAUCACGUUCGGCUCCGUCACCGCCUCCGACUACGAAUUCCACUCCAGCAGCUCCGUCAUCUGGUACCCGGCACCGGCCUUGGGCGCUCUUGCCCUGAUUUGCCCCACGGUGCCGGUGCUGAACGGCGUGGAUGCGGGCGACGUGCCCGUGGCGGCGUCCAACGACGGCGGCCGCACCCUGGGCUUCCCCGUUCCCUUCCGCUUCUUCGACGCCCACUCGCCGGCGCUGUACAAUAGCCAGGAGCAAAAGAUCGCCCUCCUCCGGGGGCAGCUGCGAAACGUGUCGCGCGCGAUCGCCAACAUCCAGAAGAUGGAGAUCGAGCUGCGCAAGGAGCUCAAGAGCAUCACCGGCGUCGAGCUCCUCGGCCAGCCCGAACCCGACACUAGGGGCGGCGGUGGCCUCCGCGGCAGCAAGCAGGGACUCCUCGAAGGCCCCGCACGUCGCGCCAAGAAGUCCGACGACGAGCGCGAGAUCCGGAUCUUCUUGAGCUCGCCCUUCAAGGACAUGCAGAAGGAGCGGGACGCCGUGGUGCGCACCAUCAUCCCCAAACUGCGCAAGAUCUGCACCGAGCGCGACGUCCUCAUCACCUGCAUCGAUCUACGCUGGUACGUACAGCCACGCCAUGGCGUAACGCCCUCCCCCGUGUGCACGCGCACAUGCCGCGCAUUCCAUACCCAAGUGGCGGACAGCAAGAGUUGA